GUAGCCUUCUUAGUGUGCCUGGUGCUGCUGGCACUGCUGUUCUUACUGCGACGCCAUGGCUUGUUUCUUAUUGGCUGGAAUGAGUUUGUUCAGCAGCCCAUCUACAACCUGCUAAUGGGUGACACCAAGGAGCAGCGCAUCCUGCGUUACGUGCUGCAGCAUGCGGUAGCCGGGGACCCACAGAGUGUGCUGGAGACUAUCGAUGCCUACUGCUCACAGAAGGAGUGGGCCAUGAACGUGGGCGACAAGAAAGGCCAGAUCGUGGACACCAUGGUGCGGGAGCAGCGCCCCUCCCUACUGCUGGAGCUGGGGGCUUACUGUGGCUACUCAGCCAUACGGAUGGCCCGCUUGCUGCCGCCUGGUGCCCGCCUGCUCACAAUCGAGCUCAAUCCCGACUAUGCUGCCAUCACCCAGCAGAUGCUGGACUUCACAGGCCUGCAGGACAGGGUAACCGUUAUCAUCGGGGCCUCCCAGGACAUCAUUCCCCAGCUGAAGAAGAAAUAUGAUGUGGACACGCUGGACAUGGUCUUCCUGGACCACUGGAAGGACCGGUACCUGCCAGACACACUCCUCCUGGAGGAGUGUGGCCUGUUACGAAAGGGGACAGUGUUGCUGGCUGACAACGUCAUCUUCCCUGGAGCACCAAAGUUUCUGGCGCACGUGCGUGGGAGCAGCCGCUUUGAGUGCACGCACUUCUCCUCCUUCGUGGAGUACUCAGAGAUGGUGGAUGGCGUGGAGAAGGCCGUCUACCUGGGUCCGGGCAGCCCAGCACAGCCUUGACCGCCUACCCUGCUCUGGAUCUCUCGCCAAGACGGGUUAUGCUGCUGCCAACUCCGCUUCUGCUGUUCUGGGGCCUGUCCUCAAUGCAGCACACUUGAGGCCUGGGAUGCCAAGGCCAACCCACACUGGCACCUCUGCUCACAGCUCCCGGCUAUCACACACUGGUCUACCCCAAGAGCAACCUGCUCACCAUGCAAAACCACUGCAAUAAAUCUGGAAAGUAUCUGUAAAUAUCAAAUCAGGGUAAACGGUGCCCAUGGCUGUCACUCACCCCCACCAGCAAUCCAGUAGGGUUUCUUACAUAGACAGGUCCUUGGGCACAGUAAAUGGGGGAAGUUGGGAACAUCUGGAAACUUGGGCUAUGCACUCACAGCCUGUCCUCAAGCUUUGCUGUCACCAGGUGGCAGCAAUGCCUCUGUGAUGGCACUGUGACCAACACUACUUCACACCUCUGACUCCUCUGAUUUCUUUAAUCUCCUUUUUAAAAAUGAAAUGCAACUUGACUAAGAUUGGCUGACUGUUAUUAACCUUCUAUAUCAAUAUUAUGACUAAAAAAUACUAAAAUAAAGACCUAAAUAUUUAAAUAUAA